AGAGUUAUGGGAAGAUUGCGGGCAUAAGUUAGAGCACAGGUCUCUCAUGUUGCAGUAGCUAGUCUUUCUUUCCCUCUGUAUUUCGUCCACUUUUUUGCUCUCCAAUCUCUAGCUUUCUUGGAUAUGACUUUGGAGAAUAUGGAAAACGUGGAGGUGUUUGAUGCUGGGGAGAAGGGAAGAGGCCUGAAGACCACCAAGGAGCUGUGGGCAGGGGAUAUAGUGUUUGCUGAGGCCAGCUUUGCUGCAGUGGUGUUCGACAGUCUGUAUCACCAGGUUUGCCACAACUGUUUCCGUCAUCAGACCAACCUGCACCGCUGCGCUCAGUGUAAGUUUGCCCACUACUGUGACCGCACCUGCCAGACAGCAUGCUGGGAGGAGCACAAGCAGGAAUGUGCUGCCAUCAAGAAGAUAGGGAAGGCACCCAAUGAGAACAUCCGUCUUGCAGCCCGCAUGCUGUGGCGCAUGAAGAAGCACACAGGUAUUGUGUCAGAUGGCCAGCUGACCUCCGUGGAUCAGCUGGAGGACCAUGUGGCCGACUUACCCGUCGACGACCUCAAGGAGCUCAAGAUUGACGUGCACAACUUUCUGGACUACUGGCCGCACAACAGCAAGCAGUACACUGCUGAGUACAUUGCACACAUCUUUGGCAUUAUCAACUGUAAUGGUUUUACUCUGAGUGACCAGAGGGGUCUUCAGGCAGUGGGAGUAGGUCUAUUCCCCAACCUGUGUCUGGUUAACCACGACUGCUGGCCUAACUGCACCGUCAUCCUCAACCACGGCAAUCAGUCAGCUCUGAACUCGACCUUCCACUCUAUGAGGAGGAUUGAGCUGCGUGCGUUGGGUAAGAUUGCUGAGGGUGAGGAGCUGACAGUGAGCUACGUGGACUUCCUCCAGUUGUCUGCCGACCGCCAGCACAUUCUGAAGCAGCAGUACCACUUUGACUGCACCUGCCAGCACUGCACCGGACACAUCAAGGAUGACCUGAUGAUGGCGGCCAAGGAGACGGAAGAGAAAAAGCCCUCUGCUGAAAAAGUAAAGGAGGUGACUGACUUCAGUAAAGAGUGUCUUGUUAAGAUUGAGAUGGCUCGAACCAACGGUGACUACCAUGAGGUUGUGAAGCUGUGUCGUGAGUGUUUGGAGAAGCAGGUGAAUGUGCUAGCUGACACACACCUCUUCCACCUACGUAUGCUAAGCACAGCCAGUGAGGUUCUCUCCUACCUGCAGUAUUUCACUGAGGCAGCAGACUUUGCCCGCAGGAUGGUGGAGGGAUACAUGAAGUUAUACCAUCCCAACAAUGCCCACCUGGGCAUGGCCACCAUGCGGGCUGGGGUGACCCACUGGCAUGCAGGGCUCAUCGAGGUGGGCCAUGGCAUGAUCUGCAAGGCUUAUGCUAUCCUCAUGGUGACCCAUGGGCCCAGCCACCCCAUCACCAAAGACCUGGAGUCUAUGCGUAGACAGACGGAGAUGGAGCUGAGGAUGUUCAAGCAGAAUGAGUAUAUGUACCAGACCAUGAGAGAUGCGGCGCUGAAGAACAAACCAAUGGGCAUGAUGGCUGAGCAGUCAGCCGCUGACGAAAAGAUCAAGGACCUCUUCCGAAAGCAAUGAGCUCCUCUAGAUUCUUACUGUCCUCUGAAACAACAACUUAAAUAAAGCCAGGUCUCAUAGUUCAGGCCUACCUUGUUUCCCUUCCUGCAACAGCAACAUAAAAUUGUUGGUUCUAAAGCAGUUUUCGCCUUUAAAUCCAAAAAGCUAGCCUACACCCAAUGAUGUGUAUUGUCCAUGUCUUGAAGGCUAGACUACACACAAUUAUAUGUGUUGGCCAUGAUGUGGAGCUCAAAAUCCAGAGUACUUUUUGGUACUAUACUUGGACUGCUGAAUUUGUGACUAAAUCAACUCACCAAUUAAAUAUUUAAUGGGAAACUAUACAA